CAAGUCACUUCUCAGUGACUUGCUCUUAAGAUUUCUGAUUCCUUGGCUUCUCUGGGAGUCCUGGCUGUAUGGAAUAAUGACAUCUGGCAUUUCCUGAAUGCCUCUUACUUACUGUGCUAAGCAAAUUAUAGGACUGUCUCAUCCCUCUUCCAAACAACACUUUGAGGUAUGUUCUCCUAUGAUCUUCCAUUUUACAGAUGAAAAAAUUAAGGGGAAAAGAGAUUAAAUAACUUGCCGGAGGUGACAGGGCUAAUUACUAGUGGAGCUGGGAUGGAAACCCAGGCAGUCAGAGCCCCAAACCUGCAGUUGUGGGUGGAAAAACCUCCAGUUGGGCUUAUUCCAAAUCUGCUCUGUGCAUCACCACUCUCUGAUUUUUUUUUCUUCCUAGAAAACUUGGAACCAAACCUUUCCCGAAGGAGAGGAGACUCUUCUAACCACUUGCCCUCCUCUUGCUCAGAACCAUGUCGCCAGUUCCUUGGUGAGUCUUUGCCUCAAGCUGCAAACAAACCUUCUCAUUCAGUCAAUGGGCCUGUGCAAGGCAGGCAGGUCUUGCAAAGAGGCGAAGACCCUGAUGGAUUUCUUAGGCUAAUGGCCCACAGUGGGCCUGGAGGGUUCCCAGCUUCCAGAUUACCUGUGAAAGGCAAAAGGAGGAGGUGGGGCAGGCUCAUUUGCACCUUGGGUACAUAUUUGUUCCUGGCCUGACUCACUUCCUUCUGGAGUGGGGCCUCGGGUGAAAUGUUUGUCUGUGCCACCUGCCUCAGUGCUGCCUUAUAGCUCCCCUCCCAGCGGGGCCUGUGUCGGAGCCUGCACAGCAGCCUUGCUCUCCUGUCUGCCCCGUGGAGCCACGGCCAUGGCAGCCCAGGCAGCAGGCGUAUCCAAGCAGCGCACAGCUGCUGAGGGCCUUGGCUGCAACCAGAGAGCUGAGAAGUACCUGGGCCAGGACUUUGAGACCCUGAGGCAACAGUGCUUGGACUCCGGGAUCCUAUUUAAGGACCCUGAGUUCCCAGCGUGUCCAUCAGCUUUGGGCUACAAGGAUCUUGGACCACACUGCCCUGAAACUCAAGGCAUCGUCUGGAAGCGGCCCACGGAGCUGUGCCCCAGCCCCCAGUUUAUCCUUGGCGGAGCCACGCGCACAGACAUCCGGCAGGGGGGCCUAGGUGACUGCUGGGUCCUGGCGGCCAUCGCCUCCCUGACCCUGAAUGAAGAGCUGCUUUACCGGGUGGUCCCCAGGGACCAGAACUUCCAAGAGGACUACGCGGGAAUCUUUCGCUUUCAGUUCUGGCAGUACGGACAGUGGGUGGAGGUGGUUGUUGACGACAGGCUGCCCACCAGGGACGGACAGCUGCUCUUCCUGCACUCGGAAGAGGGCAGCGAGUUCUGGAGCGCGCUGCUGGAGAAGGCAUAUGCCAAGCUCAACGGUUCCUAUGAGGCUCUUGCUGGAGGGUCCACAGUGGAGGGGUUUGAGGACUUCACAGGUGGCGUCUCUGAGUUUUACGACCUGAAGAAGCCGCCAGCCAGCCUGUAUCAGAUCAUCCGGAAGGCCCUGCGUGCGGGCUCGCUGCUGGGCUGCUCCAUUGAUGUCUCCAGUGCAGCUGAAGCAGAAGCCAUCACCAGCCAGAAGCUGGUUAAGAGUCACGCAUACUCGGUCACCGGGGUAGAAGAGGUGGAUCUCCACGGCCAUCCGGAGAAGCUGAUCCGGCUCAGGAACCCGUGGGGUGAAGUGGAGUGGUCGGGAGCCUGGAGCGAUAACGCACCAGAGUGGAAUCACAUAGACCCCCGGAAGAAGGAAGAGCUGGACAAGAAGGCCGAGGACGGAGAGUUCUGGAUGUCAUUUUCAGAUUUCUUAAAGCAAUUCUCUCGGCUGGAGAUCUGCAACCUGUCCCCAGACUCUCUGAGCAGCGAAGAGGAGCACAAGUGGAGCCUGGUCCUGCUCCACGGCCGCUGGGCCCAGGGCUCCGCCGCGGGCGACUGCCAGAGCUGCCCAGCUCCUCCUAGGUUGAGUCAGCCCAGCCGGCACCUGAUGAAGAAGCUCUGAAAAGCGACCCCACACCUCUAAGGAGAAACGAAGAAAGGCAAAAGCCGCUCUCUCCACUUUCCGCCUCCCCAGACGCCCGCGCCUGCCCGGUCUGCUGUCAGGCGCCACCGCUAGGCUCCGCGCCCGGGCAGGGCGGCCACUCUCUGCUCCAGACGCAGCUCGUGCAGGGCUGGCUCAGUGCUGCGCGCAGUGUCACAGCGAGACUCCCCCGCACAGUGCCGGCAUCUGGACGGCGUCUCUCCUCUUUCACCCGCCUUGCAGCCCACAGCUCCCAGUCUGGCAGCCGCGACCAGAGUGCUGAGCAGAGAGGAAGGAGGGACACCACGUCCCGCUCCUGUUGCCUAGCUCGGCUCUGUGGGACCCUGGGAGGGCGUUUCCUUCUCCGAGCUGCAGUUGUGACCCCCUCAAAGUGGGGUGGAGAUUCCCACUUCCAGCCUCACUGGGGCGGGGAGGCCCUAAACAGAGGACGCAGGGAAGCGCUUGGUGAGCUGGUGGCGUCCUACAAAUGGGAUGUGUUAUUUUUAUGGCCCAUUCUCUUCCUCCAGCACUGUUAAGAAGUAAACAAAAAAUGUAGGAAUUGCAAUAAUGUUGCAUUUGGGAGGAAUUAAAAUAUGCUCAUCAUUAGCAAGCGCUUAGAAAACAUGUAGGAAAUUUGCGUGGAUCAUUUCGGGAGCUCACAACUGUAGAGGUGCCCAAGGUGUCUGUAGGCACCAAAUCACAAGCCCAUCUGUGCCACCAACUAACCGCCAGCAAGAGGUGGAUUGCUCUUGCCCUUUGGUAAUGAUGUAAGUAUAGAAGUUUAUGGAGUUUUCUCUGUGUCCUCUGGAAUCUAUAGACAUUUGGCUUUCAAAUCUGUAUACUUAUGUCCUAAAUAAAAAAUGUGGAAGUAGA